AUGAGACCCACAGGGCUCAGGAACCCAGGUGAUCGCUCCAUCCUGUCCCAAUGUCAGAGCACCCUGCUGGGGCAACCCUCCAGGGUCAACAAUACAUUCAAACUACGACAGUAUUCCAGUGAGGUCAACAAUACAUUCAAACUACGACAGUAUUCCAGUGAGGUCAACAAUACAUUCAAACUGCAACAGUAUUCCAGUGAGGUCAACAAUACAUUCAAACUGCAACAGUAUUCCAGUGAGGUCAACAAUACAUUCAAACUACUACAGUAUUCCAGUGAGGUCAACAAUACAUUCAAACUACGACAGUAUUCCAGUGAGGUCAACAAUACAUUCAAACUACGACAGUAUUCCAGUGAGGUCAACAAUACAUUCAAACUGCAACAGUAUUCCAGUGAGGUCAACAAUACAUUCAAACUGCAACAGUAUUCCAGUGAGGUCAACAAUACAUUCAAACUACUACAGUAUUCCAGUGAGGUCAACAAUACAUUCAAACUACGACAGUAUUCCAGUGAGGUCAACAAUACAUUCAAACUGCAACAGUAUUCCAGUGAGGUCAACAAUACAUUCAAACUGCAACAGUAUUCCAGUGAGGUCAACAAUACAUUCAAACUACUACAGUAUUCCAGUGAGGUCAACAAUACAUUCAAACUACGACAGUAUUCCAGUGAGGUCAACAAUACAUUCAAACUGCAACAGUAUUCCAGUGAGGUCAACAAUACAUUCAAACUGCAACAGUAUUCCAGUGAGGUCAACAAUACAUUCAAACUACUACAGUAUUCCAGUGAGAGGUCAACAAUACAUUCAAACUACGACAGUAUUCCAGUGAGGUCAACAAUACAUUCAAACUACGACAGUAUUCCAGUGAGGUCAACAAUACAUUCAAACUGCAACAGUAUUCCAGUGAGGUCAACAAUACAUUCAAACUACUACAGUAUUCCAGUGAGGUCAACAAUACAUUCAAACUACUACAGUAUUCCAGUGAGGUCAACAAUACAUUCAAACUGCAACAGUAUUCCAGUGAGGUCAACAAUACAUUCAAACUACUACAGUAUUCCAGUGAGAGGUCAAGUGAUCUAGAUGAGAGUUGGUAGGAUGACCACUAGGCCAGUUACAGUGAUCUAG